UGAAAAGAAGACUUAAACCAUGCAUUGUGUGAAGCCUGGUGGGCCAAUUAUUCAUUUAUUAAUGUAUAUCCUGCUUAUAUGCCAAAAUGACUUCUAAGUAGUUUAGAAUUAAUCAAGAACACAGCAGGGUGGUGGGGAGGCACUCAGCUAUUUGUCUGCAAGAUAGUGCCUUAUACAGAAGCAUUGUAACAGCAUAAUCCUAACCACAUUGUGUUUGGGAAAGGGCUGUAGCUUGGUGAUAAGAGCAUCUGCUUUGCAUGCAGAAGGUCCCAGGUUCAAAACCCCGGCAUCUCCUGGGGGAGUCUCCCUGCCUGAAACCCAGGAGAGCUUCUGCCAGUCGGUGUGCAGACAACACUGAGUUAGAUGGACCAAAGCUUACGUUCCGACUUCCGGGGGAGGCGCCUCCGAUAAUGGCAGAAUUCCUCUGACCGGGAGGAAUCUGCUCCGUGGAAAUCUGGGUCUGGCCGCCACGGCGAAGGCGGAGACCCGUUAAAAUCACAGGCGGGAGAAGCCUGUGAACGUGGGAUUCGGCGGGCACCUUUUGCGCCUCCCCCACUCACGGGGAACCCCGGUUUUUGGGGCUCCGGAGCGACGUGGGGUGAGCGGCGCGGUGCAUCGAAUCGUCUGCUUCUUCCACGGAGUGAAGCCGCAUAGCUGUUGCCGGAGAGCGCUGACCUUUUCCUGUGGACAAUUUGACUUUAAAGUAAUUACCCGUGAGUAGAGCUGAAACGGAAGAAUUGGAUUUCUAAAAGUUUAAUUAGGUAUCGUAACGGGGAGGUUCAAAACAGGAAGUCCGCCUUCCCUUUUUGUAAAUAGACUGAGGCAAUGAAGUUGCAAGCUGGAGCCCUGGAAGGUCUUUUGUAAAAGAUCAAAUUUCCAACGGUAAAGAACAUUAAACCCCCUCUUGGAGGCAGGAGAAGAGAGGGGGAAGUUGCGGAUUGAGUAUGCCUGUGGGAGAGAGCGAAGAGGCUUAAAACACCGCCGCUCUGACCCUGGAAACGGGCUGCUAGUAGGAUUGACGUCUCUUGGAAUGUUCAUUGACAGCGCUUUGAACGUUCAUUGACAGCUAGCUAAAUAAGAGAAAUACACUGUUUCUACUGUUCCCGGCUGCUUUAAAAAGGAGUAAAAGUAACUGAAAAUUGAAACUAAUUUGAAACUAACUUUGGAUUGCUUAAAAGAGGAUACUAUUGACUGUUAAAAAAUAGAAACUGUUUCCCCCUAGUGGAAGGCUUUGAAACUGGUUGAUUUACAAGAGUUGGACUAGGGGAAUUUCCAGCUGCAAGUUAAAAACCGUGAGACUCUGGGACUAACCUUGAAUCUUUCAAAUGUCAUGGUAAAUGGAAGAGGAAAAACAGACCAGUCAACUGUUGAUAAAACAUUAAGGUCUGGGAGGACUUGGUAACAAUCCAGGAGAGGUCUAAUAUUAGGCCCUCUUGUUUUUUUUGUUGUUGUCUCUGUACUAGUACAUUUGAAACUAAGAGGAAUGUCGACAGAAGAGGCUUUGGUGGCUGCAUUAUAUAAGAUAAAUGACUCAUUGGAUCAGCUUCACAGGAAAAUGGACAUGAUAAAUGCGAAAGUGGACGUUUCAAUUGUUGAGGUUGAUUUGAAUGCAGGGAGUAUGGACAAUACCAAUACAGAAACCACCCAGAAAUUGAUACAAGAACCUAUUUUGAUAUGGCAAGCUGCGGAGGAAGUCAAGGAAAAAGCUGUUGCUGUUGAAGGUACAGAAACACAACUGGCGAGAAAGAGAAAGACAGCCCCAGCCCUACAGAGGCAAUUUGAUGAACAUAAGUUGACGCUCGCUAUGACUGAACUUAAGGAAAAACAGACGAAUUUGAGGAUUAGAGUUCAUCUUUGGUGGACAUGCCCAAGGAUUAAGACACUCUGGGAGAUGAUUCAUAAUGAAAUGAAAAAGGUAUUUAAAUAUACCCUUUUGAAGAAACCAGAGGCCUUUCUUCUGGGCAUGGUCGGUCAAUUGGUGUUAAAGAAGGAUAGAAUUUGUCACAUGUAUGCAACAAUAGCAGCAAGAAUACUCAUUGUGAAGUACUGGAAGACACAAGAUUUAUCUAUUCAGGAAGAAUGGCAGAUGAAGUUGAUGGACUAUAUGGAAUUGGCGGAAACGACUGGCAGAAAUCCGAGACCAGGGAGAAGAGUCGGUGGAAGAAGACUGGAAAAAGUUUAAGACUAUGUAUAGAAAUAUUGCAAAAAUAAUGAAUGUUAGAAAAAUGUUGGAAUGAAGUUAUAUGGCUUUAGUAGAAAUGUUAUAAGGAAUUAAGUAUAAAUAGACUAAUAGAGUAUUAAAGGGAAAAAUAAGAUUAGAAUAUGUUAAGAUAAUUAUAGGAUAGAAAACAGAGGAAGAUGGAAAGGAAUUGCUGAAACAAUUAAUAGAAGUGGAAUACAAAAAGGGAGGUGUGAGGAGGUCGUGGAAAUAAGGGAAUGAAAGUUAAGACAUUGAAAUUGUUUUGUGCUUUAAAUGGUUUGCGUCUUGUUUUGUUAAUCUUAUGUUUUUUCUCUUUUUCUUCUUUGCUUUUUCUUUUUCUUUUUUCUUUUUUCUGUUUUAUUGUGUGUAAAUGGUUGGAAAAUCAAUAAAUAUUAUUUUUUUAAAAAAACAAAGCUUACGUUCCUAUGUCUGCUCAGAAGUAAGUCCUAGUGAAUUUAAUGGGACUUACUCCCAAGUAAGAGAGGUUAAGACUGCAGUCAAAGUUAGCUGCAUUUAUCCCCCACAGCACUGAAACUACUGAGCUAAGUUACUAAAAACAUAAAUCCAACUGAUGUUCAUCUAACUUAGCAUGGAUUGCGCCCACUAUGUCACAGUAAAGGUAAAGGGACCCCUGACCAUUAGUUGCUGCGCUCAUCUCGCUUUAUUGGCCGAGGGAGCCGGCGUAGCACUUCCGGGUCAUGUGGCCAGCAUGACGAAGCUGCUUCUGGCGAACCAGAGCAGUGCACUGAAACGCCGUUUACCUUCCCGCUAGAGCGGUACCUAUUUAUCCACUUGCACUUUGACGUGCUUUCGAACUGCUAGGUGGGCAGGAGCAGGGACCGAGCAACGGGAACUCACCCCGUUGUGGGGAUUCAAACUGCCGACCUUCUGAUCGGCAAGUCCUAGGCUCUGUGGUUUAACCCACAGUACUUUUUUUAUUAUUACAUUUUCUGUUUUACAAUUUAAAAUACUCAUUUUACAUCCUUAAGUUAUCAAUGACUUCCCUUCUUCUCUUUCCAUGGUUCAUUUUACAUAUCAUGAAUCCCUGCCUAUUUCAUAGAAACUAUAUCGUUCAGUAUUCCAUUACUGCAUCCAUCAAAACUUAUUUACACUGUUGAAUUUAUCUUAAUGCUGCCAGUGUUUUCAGCUGUACACAAUUAUUUCCCAUAUAUUCGAUAAACGUUACCAUUAUAGUUAUGUAUAACACAAAUCUGUAAUGUUGUAAAUAAAAAUAUGCCCUUUUCCCUUAUGGGGUAUCCAAUAAACGUUACCAUUAUAGUUAUGUAUAACACAAAUCUGUAAUAUUGGUAUUUAUAGACUGGCUAUUUGCACGAAAAUCAUUAACAUCCCAAAUACGAUCACUCCAUAAUUAAUCGGGUGGGGGUGCCCAAAAUCAGAAGGACGGAACCACACAAAUGCCGGCAGAUUUUUCCCGGGGUAGGAAACGGGAAGGGCACUAACGUCAAAAGCAACAGAUAAUGAACAAGGCAGAUACUGUUGCAAGGAGCGGGGUUUGAAGGACCAAUAGUUUUGAACAGUGUGGAAACGGAAGGCGCGCUCCUAUUAAACAAGCAGUUAAAUCAAUAUCGGCCACCCAAGGCCGAGGGGGGAGGGAAGGAUAACGCAAGGAGGAAAGGGGGAGGGGUAAUAGUGGGGACACGGCGGUUACCAUAGAAACUCACAGUCAGCCCUCGGGUCGCGACCGCCAUUUUGAUGCCGCCGCCGCCUCUUCCAACUCGCCGGCUGCAUUUGGGCCCGCCCCUUUCGAAAACGGAGGAGGGGUGGAGCGACAUCCGGGCACUUCCCAAUCACCUUGGGCUAACCUAGUUAGGAGUCAAGUCGACUUUUAACCUAAAACCGUUGGGUAACAUUAAAAGCAAAUCCCAUUGAAUGCAAUGGGGGUUACACACAGGUGCAAUUGCAGCCGCAAUAUAAACUAAUAGCAUUUGUAUACUGUAAUUCCUUUUCCCGGAAUAUAUAAAUAUGAAAAUAUGUAAAUUUGCCCAAUGGUUGCGUUAGCAGUUGUAUACAUUGCAUGCACUGCCUUUUACAACAGGUGUGUCAUGUGAGAUGCAAAAAUUGGGCAGAUCUCCUUACUCUCACUGGGAAACUGGGUUUCAAUUUGCAGUGGAAAGAGGAAAACUUGACAUGCAUCACGUAUAUGUGUCCAUCACAGUUAAUAGUUAAUAUGUUAAAAUUGUUUUUCUUUUUCAUGUUUCUGGGAGUUGCUCCUGAAAACAGUUGUGAGGCGCUUCCAUGGGCAUGAUUAUGUGUUUUUAAUCCACUAGAAGGAAGGGGAAAGGGAUUCACUGAGACCAGAUAGAUAGGUUCCCCACCCACAUCUUAGAAACUGGGCAAAGUCUCUGACAUGAUAGGGCCCUUUAGUAACCAGUCUUCACUGCUGAUUGCUUAAGGAUCAGGGGCCACUUCAAAUGUUGGCCACCAGAGGUCUGUGGCAUCAAGUGCCUCUCUCUCCUCCAAAAGAACUGCUGUCCACAAAUUGUUUGCAUUGAACAUUGUUUUCCUGAUAGUAGCCCACAAAUGUCUGAGGUCAACACACAGCCUCUGAUCCAGACAGGUCAACAGCUACUGACGCAGACUAUGCUAAUGCUGCUUUGCUUUUUUUAAAAAAAAAAUGCAAAUGAAAUACAAGCUAAAUCCAGGGGGUUUAAAGGGCAGGAAAUGCCAGGGCCUCAGCCAAACCUGCCUGCCUUGACUUGAAAAGGAGAUCCACAGCAAGCAGUGCUGUCUCUAAAUGAAGGCUGGGGACAGAUCACAAGCCCUCCGUCACAAAGGUUGUGGGAAUGGUGCCAACAGCCAAGGGAAGAGGGUGCAGGAGGGGCUCUUGCCAACAAAACCCACUUUUGUCAAAAUUGCUAGUGACUUCACCCUUUCACUGGGGAAGGGAAGGGGAGGGAUAAUGGUCCCUUUUCUCUUGCCUGGGGUUCCCCCUACAAUGGCUCCAGUCAGGGCUGCUUAGUGGAAGUGUCAAAAAGGGGAUGCUGUUGCCAAGGGAGCAGGGACUGUCAUGAGGGGCAGGACCCCCACAUGGUGUCAAGGUGAGGUUAUAGCAUAGAGAGAGACGGAAUGGUGAGAUGUUCAAGAGGCUGUACAACUUGGAGAUUCAGUUUUAUUUGAAGAAAAAAGGAAGACAAUAGACUUAAUGGUGUUUUUCUAAUAUUUGGUUUAUUUGCAAAUAUAUAAGCAUAACGGAGACAAGCUGCAUACACACCCCACAGAACAUAAGAAGAGCCUAGCUGCAUCCUGUUCUCACACUGGCAAAGCCAAAUGCCCCAAUGGAAGCCCACAAGCAGGACCUGAAUACAACAGCACUCUCCAAACUUGCAAUUCCCAAACAACAGGUAUUCAGAGGCAUGUUGCCUCCAACAAUGGAGGCAGAACAUAACCACCAUGGCUAGUAACCAUGGAUAACCUUCCCCUCCGUUGAUCUGUCUAUUCCUCUUUUAAAGCCAUCUGUGUUAGUGGCCAUCGUAUGUGAGCAAACCUCAUAACUGAAAUAUGUGUGGUGUGUUUUUCAACCCUUUAGGUAGAAAAAUCCCCUGUAGAGUAUUUGUUUCAUGAAGCCAGAUGUUCCCCAGCAGGCAAUAAAUUAAAAAGCAAGCAAGACUUUUACCAUGACAGGCACCAUCUUGAAUCCAGCCAGGCUGUGUUUGGUUUCCAUUUACAGUGGUGCCCUGCAAGACGAAUGCCUCACAAGACGGAAAACUCGCUAGACGAAAGGGUUUUCCGUUUUUUGAGCUGCUUCGCAAGACAAAUUUCCCUAUGGGCUUGCUUCGCAAGACGGAAACGUCUUGCAAGUUUGUUUCCUUUUUCGUAAAACCGUUAAUACCCAGGGUGCAUUGCUUGAAGAGGUGCAGUUGUGACUUGACUUCGAGGAGCAACUCAUAGCACGCGGUGUGGUAGCCUUUUCUGAGGUUUUUGAGGACUUUGCUGAUUUUUGAAGCUUUUCCAAAACUUCUUUUGCAGCCGUUUGGUAAGUUAAACUUUUAAAACUUUUUGGGGAGUUUUUGGAUUUUGGGUUGGGGUGUUUGGAAUUCAAGGACUUGGUGUUGGGGAGGGGUUUGCAAGAAUCUGGGAGCUUGUGUGGUUCUUUUUUUGAAUUUUUAUGAUUUUCUGUGACCAUUGGGGCACUCUGCUUUUUUAAAAAAAAAAAAUUCUGGGUUUGAAUUUCUGUGUGGUGGGUGGCUGGGGGAACAGUUGAGGAGGGGUUUGCAAGAAUCUGGGAGCUUGUGUGGUUUUUUCUGCAUUUUUAUGAUUUUCUGUGACCAUUGGGCCAUGUUGUUUUUUUUCAAAAAAAAUUUCUGAGUUUGAAUUUCUGUGUGGUGGGUGGCUGGGGGAGCAGUUGAGGAGGGCUUUGCAAGAAUCUGGGAGCUUGUGUGGUUUUUUUUUUUAAUUUUUAUGAUUUUCUGUGACCAUUGAGCCAUGUUGUUUUUUCCCAAAAAAAUUUCUGAGUUUGAAUUUCUGUGUGGUGGGUGGCUGGGGGAGCAGUUGGGGAGGGGUUUGCAACAGUUGGGGAGGGGUUUGCAACAGUUGGGGAGGGGUUUGCAAUUUCUGUGUGGUGGGUGGGUUGGGGAACAGUUGAGGUUUUUGAAGACUUUGGUGAUUUUUAAAGCUUUUCCAAAACUUCUUUGGCAGCCAUUUGAGGAUUUUGAAGACUUUGGUGAUUUGCAGCCAUUUCGUAAGUUAAACUUUUAAAACUUUUUUGGGGGUUUUUGGAUUUUGGGUUGGGUGUUUGGAAUUCAAGGACUUGGUUCUGGGUUUGAAUUCCUGUGUGGUGGAUGGCUGGGUGCUUUUGAAUUUUUUGGGUGUGAAGCACUGAUUAUUAUUAUUUUUUCCUGAGUUUACGAAGCUAGGAGCUGUGCUGCCAUGGGACCCAAGAAGACUGCUGCUGCAGAGGCCGGCGAGAGGAAGAAGGAGAAGGUGAGGCUGGAAAUGAAGAAGGAGAUCAUCCGGAAGCACGGCGGUGGAAUGCGUGUGACAGACCUCGCCAGGAAGUACGGCAGGAACCCAUCGACCAUCGGCACCAUCCUGAAGAUGAGGGAGAAGAUCCUUGCGACUGAUGCAGCCAAGGGAGUCACCAGGAUCGUGAAGAACCGCCCAGCUGUUCUGGAGGAGGUCGAGAAGUUGCUGCUCAUCUGGUUAGAAGAGAAGCAGCGUGCAGGGGACACAGUGACUGAGGCCGUGAUUUGUGAGAAGGCCAAGGCCUUGCAUGCAGACCUCAUCCGGGAACAGUCAGGAACCUCAGGCGAGCCAGAAGUCUUCAAGGCAAGCAGAGGCUGGUUUGACCGGUUCAAGACAAGAUCUGGAAUCCACAGCGUGGUCAGGCAUGGAGAGGCUGCCAGUUCUGAUGUUCCUGCGGCUGAAGACUUUGCAGCGGAGUUCCUGGAGGUUGUGUCCUCCAAAGAACUGAGGGACAUUUGCCAGAAGUGGAAAGAUGUGCAGGCUUUUGCACAGCGGCACCACCCUGACAAGGACCUGACACGUGACCUUGCGAACACUUUUGAUACGAGGGUCAUGUCGUCUUUCAGGGAGGUGCUGAAAAGGCGGAUGAAGCAGCAGACCAUGGACAGGUUCUUCAGCAAGAAGCAAAGAGUGGAAGAGGAACCUUCUUCGAGUUGUCCCCCAGAGUCUUAGAAAAUGUACUGUACACUUUGAUGAUUUUUAAAUGUUUUUCUAUCAUGUUUAGAAACUUAAUUUAUUGUUCCUUCAUUUUUUGAAAUGCUCUUUACAGUAUGUGUGACUUUAAAGAGCAUUUAAUAAACUCUUGUUGUACCAAAUCUGGCUUUGUUUGGACUUUUUUUGACCAUAGGAACGCAUUAAUUGAAUUUCAAUGCAUUCCUAUGGGAUUUCGUGAUUCGCAAGACGAAAAAUUCGCUAGACGAAAAAACUCGCGGAACGAAUUAAUUUCGUCUUGCGAGGCACCACUGUAUGCUGACAUAAUUGGAGAAAUACUUCAAGAAAGAAGCCCAGAAACAUUUCUCUCAUUUCCUUUUCGGACAGACACUCCUCUUAUUUAUCUACUUUGUGGCCUUCAUUGUGUUCUGUUAUCUAUUUCACAGCCAGGCUUGAGGAAAAUGAAAGUUACCAGUUGAUUUUGGUGGGUCUACUCUAAGUUGGAGUUACUUGGACACAACCCUUAAAAUUUCUCGAUUUCUAGAUGAACACAAACAACUGAAACAACUUUGGGACAGCAGACAGCAGAUGCCAGCUUUGUGUAGCAAAUAAAUAAAGUAUAAAAACUGCCUUUGGGAUUAGAUAAACUUCUGUAGUCUGCAUUUUUUAGAUUGUGUUGAUUUUUCCAUGGAGUAUCUGAAAAAGGACCAGCCACCCCAGAAGCAGAGGUUUGAGGCAAAAUACCUUGAGGUCUUUAGUGCUGGUCGGCAAAGAAAAAUUAGUCAUAUAAAAGGAGAAUCCCUGGGUGCCAGGAUCCAAGAUUGUGCAAGUACUCUUUGGUGAGAGAACACCAGCAGAGAUUUAAAACCACAAAACAUGCAGCAAAGUAAAACAUAGAAAUAUAGGCUGUUAGACCUUUAUAACAGUCCAAAGUAGUCCACUCUUCCCCCAACAUAGAAAAAGACAAGGUUGGUAAGUUAAAAAUUGUUUCUUUACAAACAUGCCAAAGGUCAGGUUCAUGUGCUUUUCCAUACAUCAGUCAGAAAACACAGGCAGUACAACUUGGCUUAGUUACAGUAGUGAAAGUUCCUAAAUUAUUGGUAUAGGAACUCAACGACGACUUGUAAGAGCCAUGCAGUCUGAGCUGCAGCAGCCAACUCAAAACCCCUGCACGUGCCAAAUUUCUCAGGCAGACUGGAAGGAGAACAAAGACUUGAUUACCUGUUCCCACUCAAAGUGAGCUAAGCCUGGUAUUAAUUAGACCUAAGCAUGAUGGUUAUAUGAGGCUGAUUAUCCCACAUCUACCUUGCUUUGUAUUCACGUUGAUGAAUGAAUCAAUAAAAUUUCAUUUGCUUUAGCUGUUAAUCAGGCAGGGAGUGUCUCAGGCUUACAGGAUGUUUUAGAAAGAUAAUAAAAGAGACUCCAUGGCACACACAAUACAAUGGAACAACAACCCAGUUUCAAAUGUAAAUGAAUUUAACUGAAAAUUUGCUGUCAUUUAACUUGUGGUGGCUGGUGCCCAUUGGAAUUGAUAGAGGGGAAGGUAGGGAGUCCUCACAGUAAGUGGAUCCAGAACCAAUAAUAGGCUGAGCCAACUAAUUCCAGUUUUGUUCUGCAAGGGACAACACAGAGAUGCAGGUGCAGGAAGCUGGCAGGCAGGGUCAGCCUCUGGACCAGUUGCAAAUAAGACAGGCAGGUAGGGUUGGGGGGGAUGCCUGAGGGCGGCUUCUUUCUUUGGCGAUCACUCGUAGCUGAGUAAGAUUGUCUUCCUUAAACACGGCUUUAACAGUGAGUCCGUAAGUGACUGUGGAGGCCAAUUCUGGAUCCACACAUCCUUCCACAGUGGGAACAUUGGUUUCCGGGCAGGAAUUGAUCGCAGUGUGGAUUUGCCAAGCAUGCCUUUCUCUAAAGGCACGUUUCUACCUUGCGUCUGGAGUUCGAGUGUCUUCAAAGCCUUCGAAACCUUUGGUAAAGGCUGUUCUCCAGCUGGAGCACUCGCAGGCCAGUGUUUCCCAGUUGUCAGUGUUUAUACUACAUUUUUUAAGAUUUGCCUUGAGACAGUCUUUAAACCUCUUUUGUUGACCACCAGCAUUACACUUUCCAUUUUUAAGUUUGGAAUAGAGUAGUUGCUUUGGAAGAUGAUCAUCAGGCAUCCGCACAACAUGACCAGUCCAACGAAGUUGAUGUUGAAGAAUCAUUGCUUCAACACUGGUGAUCUUUGCUUCUUCCAGUACACUGAUAUUAGUUCACCGACUGAAGUUGGUAGGCAGAGCUCCAUUUAUCUUAACAGAGCAGUCUCCACUGCAUUUAAAGGUAAAGGUAAAGGGACCCCUGACCAUUAGGUCCAGUUGUGACCAACUCUGGGGUUGCGGCGCUCAUCUCACUUUAUUGACUGAGGGAUCCGGCGUACAGCUUCCGGGUCAUGUGGCCAGCAUGACUAAGCCGCUUCUGGUGAACCAGAGCAGCGCAUAGAAACGCCGUUUACCUUCCCAGUGGAGCAUUUAGUAGUGCCCAAAAUCUGCGCUCUGGACAAAACAUGGUUCAAAAGUUGGCACCCUCCUCCGGCUUUUGGCUUCUCACAGAGUCCCAUUCUGCUUCCAUCAAGCUGGGAUGAGCAAGGAAGUGGGAUAUAGGGAGUUCAGAGCAAUAGGGUUGUUAUGUUUAUUUUAUUUUCUUCUGGCAGGAUUCAUUGCUGUGGGACGCAUUGUUGUGUCAGUUGCCUUGAAAAGAUUAGUCUGCAUAAAAUGCUGCAUCCGUUUAAAGGCAAUUCCAGGGCACAAUCUAGUUGGCCUUAAGGUUGCCAACUGAGCAGGGAGGGAAAUGCCCAGCCUGUUGCUAGUCAGUUUUGCGCUACAGAAUAAUCAGUUGAAUCUUUUCCCACAGCACUGAGAAGUUUCCCCGAUAUUAUUUCCCAAAUAACUGUCUGCAGACUGAAAUGGCAGAAGAGCAGGGGCAGAAUGAAAAAUUGGCCGCUCCAGUUUUGGCCUAUAAAUAUACCAGCGUCCUUUAUGGAUACAGCAAGGAACUGAAUGUAUACCUUUCCUUUCCCUCCCCCAGUUAUUAUCAGCCCCACCCCCUGUGAAGUGUUCCCACUGAGAUUAAAAUUAAUUAGUGCCAAUUACAAAUCAGAUUACACAUAUCCUCUUGGGGGUCAAAGCUCUUACUGAAUGAAGCUAUUGCCAGAGGGGGCGUGCGGAUAUUUAGCACAAACGAAAUGGGGGCUGGAAAGUAAUGUUAAUUUCCACACAUGCCAAACCAUCAAAAUGCCUUUCUGUGAGACUGUGAAUGGUAAGGAGCUAGGGGGAGAUAGGCUUUUCAGCAUUCUCUGCUAUAACCAUUGGACACACAUCAGGAAUCAUGGCUUGUCAUGAGCUGUCUGUUGCUGUGUUCGGUCACACUUAGGAAUGAGAGAGGAAUUUCAUUCAGUUCUCAUUUAAAGGCAAAUAAUCUAUCUAAUUUGCAUUUUCUGAAACAGCAUGUGAAGCAAAACACAACCACCCUUCAAAAUUUGAACUUAUCUGAAUUCUGAGAUACAGUUCUCCAAACCAUGUUUACAAAAAGUAAGAUAUACUGUAUUAGGGGAAAUGGCUGCAUUAGUUAAAAUAACAUACAAAAAGGCAUUAAGAGGGAAUCAAUUGCAAAAAUGUGCCCAUCAGUAAAAAAAUAAAAGCAUACAAAAAUGUGUUUAUUAGGAGAAACUAUCAAUAGAAUGGUGAUGAAGUUUCAUGAGGAUUUAUUUUUUUAAAUCACAAAUUGUUGUAGAAAUGUGAACUUCAUUUAAGAUGGGAAAAUGAAAAACUGAGAAACUCAAAGUUGGCAGAUCGUUCUAUCAUUUUCAGAGUGACAAAAUACAUUAGGAACUAGCAUUUAUAAGGACAGCUAUUGUUCCAGAGCAUAUAGCAAUAAAAGAAAGCAGGGAAGGGUGUACUUUAGUGGCACAGAGCAACAAGCCCCCAUAAAAGGAUAAAACUCUCAUAUACACACUUUAGUUGCAAGGUGGCAUUGGGCCAGUUCCUCUGGUGUUUUUGCCUCAAAGGAUUUCUUCCUUUAUCUAUUUUGAUGGUUUCAUCUAUCUUCCUUGUUACUGCUGUCAGGAUCCUAAUCAGAUUCAUCAGUCUCUUUUUCUUCUCUCCGUCUCAAUCCCAAAUGAAACUCUUCAUUCGGCAAUUUUCUUCUCCCGUAUUAAAUUGUGACAUAACCAGCAGCUCCCCAGCUCAUGGAGGCUGUCAAUCAGCUCGCUUGCGUUUAUUACACACUGGUGUCAGAAUGGGAUUAGCGCAAACCAAUUUGUGCUCUGCGGAGGCAGGGGAACGGGAGAGGACUAGGGAAGGCGCUUGAUCUGAAAGCAGGGGAAGGGGACAGCCACAAGCCCCUAGCUGGUUAAAUGUAGGAGUUUUUAAUCAAUUAAAUCUACAUGUGUUCGCAUUCUAAUUAUAAAAUUAUUCCAGGUAGGAAAAAGCCUACUUUGCUUUUACAUGUCACAGUAGGCCCUAGUGAACAUUUGAACAUGAGCUGUAUCAGGCCAGUGGCUCAUUCAGUCUAGCAUCCUGUUCUUGCAGUAGCUAACCAGAUACCCACUAUGGGAAAAUCAGUAAAUGGAUUAUGUUUAGUGGUCACAAAAUGCAGGGCAGGGGUGAGAGGAUGAGAAUGGAAUGGCAUACCUUCCAAACAAGCAUGGCUGGCUUAGAUUGGCAUCCUGAACCGGAACACUGCGCUAAUAAGUAGAAUCAUAGAAUUGUGGAGUUAGAAGGGACCCCAGGGUCAUCUAGUCCAACCCCCUAAAAUGAAGAUAUUUUGCCCAACGUGGGGCUCAAACCCACCACUCUAAGAUUAAGUGUCUUAUGCUCUAGCGACUGAGUUCUUACUAAUAUUAUUACUCCUCUCGUAGUAGUAAUAAUAAGAAGUUAAAGGCAUAAGGAUUGGAUUCACUGAUUUUUCCGGCAGCCUAAUCCUGGAAAAGAAGCGUGUCGGCAUCAGACAAGGGGGCAGGCUGAUAAAGCAACCGGUUUGGGAGCUGCCCGGAGCCGAGGAGAGACACAGCAGCAGGCAGCGCCGGCUUUGCAAAAGCAGACUUCCUUCCGGGAGGCGGCGGCAGAGAGGUAAGGAGCCUGGCUCGCUAGCUAGGCCCCCGAUUUCGGUCCUUUCCAGACACACACACCCCUUUCCGAUCUCGCUGUAGCGCAGCGGAGAAUGAAAUCGAGACGCCUGCCCGGGCGGGCGCACAGCACCGCGCGUGGGCACCUUGCAAACGGGGCGCGCGCGUAGUUCGCAGGCUCCCCUGCCGGUGGCGCGGGGCACCGAGGGUUAAUCCGGAUCGAACCGACGUGGCGUCGCCGUCACUUGCAUAAUAGGCGACUUUAAUUAGGCAGCCCGGAAUGUGCCCGGUUAGCAAAUGCGCAGAUUAAACGCUGAUUGUCUUGGCUAGGCGCGCGCGCACGCAAGCACACGGUUAACAAAUAACACCAAUAAAGCAUACGAAGCGAGCUCCAUUGUGACGUCCGGAGCAUAACAGGCAUGUGUUUUAAUUGGUGUGCUAAUUCAGCCCUCUUGGCUUCACGUCGCUUUCAACAGCUGGGGGGAAAGUGGCAAGCGAACCCAUCUGUUCCCCCCUGGGUAGUAACAGUUCCUGUCUUGCUUCCUCCCAGCCUACCAGAAAGAAAGGGAUAUGUUUUUUAUUUGUUGGGAAAACGAGCAAUAAAAUCAUACAGAUCGAGAAAAGAUUGCAGUAUAGGCAUGAUUACAGUCAAAUGGAGCUUCCGAGUAUACAGAUAGUCUACCCUUGAUUACUUUAUACCAGGCAAGGCUGUGAGAUUCUCAGAAAUGUCUAGCCAGCUGGUGGUGGUAGAUCUGGGAUAGGGAACCUGUGGUCUUUCAGAUCUUGUGAGACUGGCCGGUGGUCAGGGAGCUGAAGUCCAGCCAAAUCUAGAGAGCCACAGGUUCACCUUCACUCUGCUAGAUGGACCUCUAGUGUUCUGAUGUCAUGUAGCAGCCAUUGGUACACAAGCAGACAGAGCUGUGGAACAGACGGCCUCAGAAGGUGGUGGACUAAUUCAUCGGAGGUUUUAAAACAGAGGUUGAAUGGCCAUCCAUCAGGGAUUCUUGAUUCCUGCAUUGCAAGGGAUUGGACUAAAUUACACUUUGCAUCCUUUCAAACUCUACAGCUCUAUGAUUCUAUGAAGUCUACACACACUCGACUUCUAAUCUGUAUUGGCUGAGCUGCUGUGAUAUUCUGAACUAUCUAUGACCAUUCCAGCUGCUCAAGGAGAGUUCGUAGUCCAGUUACUGUGAGGAAGGAUGCUUGUCAGUUUGCCUGGGAUUAAACCUUCAUAUGGACUUGAUGGAAGAGAAUGCUGCUUGGGAGGAAGUCUGUUUCAAAGUACCCUUAAAGUCCAGAUUAUUCUAUAAGAAUGGUAACCUGCACCUGGAAAGGGAGGUUUUGUUCUGGCCCGCAGAGGAAACAAAACAGCUUAUAUUAUUGUAACUCAGGGGCCGUAGGUCGGUGGUAGAACAUUUGAUCUGCAUGCAGAAACUGCUAGCUUCUCCAGGUAAGGUGUGGGAUCUUCCCUGUCUGAAACCGUGGACAACCACUGCCAGUCAGUGUAGACAAUACUGAACUAGAUGAACCAAUGGCAUGGUAUGAGGCAGCUGCCUGUGUUUCCCAGCAAGCUGAGCUUCAACACCUCAUAGUGCUGUCUCUUUUACUGUAAAUACUUAGUUGUACAUUCUCUCUUACUCCUUGUAAAUUUAAAAUUAAACUAAAGUGUAUCGGACACCUUCUGGAAGUGUGAAGCCAAGAUACAAUCACCUAAAAUCCCACACCUUCCUUCUUAACUCUCACCCUUCCUACAAUAACUAAAUCAACCGUGUACACACUGUAUCUUUAAAGCACAUUAUUUUCCUGAAAGACCUCUGGGCCCUGUAAUUUUCACUUCACGGAGUAACAAUUCCCAGCAAGCCUUAACAGGCCACAAUUCCCAGGAUUCUUUUGGGGCAGUCAUGUGCUUUAAAUCUAUGGUGUAGGCACAGCCUGACUCAGUCAAAGAUAAGGUUCCUCCGUUUCGACUCUUUUAUUGAUUUCUAACUCUUUCAGACUUGGCUUAUUGUUAAUUCAGUGUCUGUGCCAAUUAACACUUGCUAGUGUAUUUUUAAUGAGCAUGCUAAUUCCCUUUUGGAUAAGGAUGACAUUGAUUUAGAUUUAUAUUUCUGGUCCUUGUUAACCCUUAGGGUACCAAGUUUCCGAGUGCAUUCAAAUCUCAAAAGUCAAAAGAACCCCAAAGCAGAGUCAGGGUUGCAUGUGAGAACUGCAGGCUUCUGUGCAAAGUGCACACUUCAUGUCACGCCCUCCUGGGCGAUAGGGAGCCAAGAGGUCCUUGCUCUAACCCAUAGUCACUACUUCCUAUCGAUGCUAUUUUUUAAUGACUUGGGCACAAUUUCUUCUGCGGGGGUGGGAGAAAGCUGCACAGAUCUGAAUAUUAAAACAAAGGAGUCAGGAUUUUUAUUGGCUCUGCUCCUGUGCCUUUAACAGCAGCCUGACAUACCAGGAAAUGAUUUAACAGUUUAAGUGUGUUGAGCUGCUUUAGAGAGGCGGGGGAGCUGGGCCUAUACAAAAAGUUGGCAACCUUUCUCUUGGGACUUUUUAAAUUUUUGAUUUCUGUGCAUCAGGCAGCUGCAAAAGGCACAGGAGCAGAGCCAGAAAACUACAAUAGCAAUCCUACUGUGGCAAAGACACCGGGGAUAUGGGUGGAUAACUUUUAUUCUUAUCUUCCAGGUGCCCUUAGAUGGACAGAGCAGGCAGAAGAUGGAUCCUGAUAUCUCUCUCCUCUUCCAGUGCCCAUCUCCCAAGGGCAUCACAGAGGCUCAGGUCCGAGCUGAGCUCUCCCCACUGUAUGACCGGCGCCCACUCCCUGGCGACAGGGCCCGGAUCGAGACAGCUUGGGUGGCACGUCGCCAGCAGAGCCCGUGGCUCUUUGACGGAGCCAAAUUCCGUCUCCACUCAAUCCAGCUGGAGGGGGACAUCUUGACCUUCUGCCUCGGUCUCACCUGCUACAAGGACUUUGUGGGCACCAACUUGGCGGACGCAGCCGGGCAGCUCCAGGAGCGUGGGCGCGAGGACUUGGGGAACAGCCAGGCCUACCUCGCUGAGCCCCUGGGGGUGGGCGCCAUGCUGCACACAGCAGAUGACAAGUUUGUCUUUUUGCGGCGGAGUCAGUGCGUAGGGGAGGCGCCUGGGAAGAUCGACAUUCCUGGAGGCCACCCUGAACCGCAGGUUGAUGGAGUGCCUGGUUUUAUGUCUUGGGGGUGUUGCUGUUAACAAAUGGGUCAAAUUUCAGUGCUGUAAGAAGUGAUAGGACAGGCAUCAGCUUUGCAGCUUAUCCCAAGGGUUCCCCUGAGUCCAUCUCCUUAAUUAAGGUGGACCACAGCUUGGAAGUUCUCCUGCCACUUUAGCUUGGAGGCAGAGCAUCUGCUUUGCAUGCAGAAGGUCCCAGGUUCUAUCCCCGGCAUCUCCAAGUAGGGCAGAGAGCCUCCUUGCCUGAAACCCUGGAGAGCCAUUUGGGCUAUAGAGAAUGGAGCUGUGUUCCUUGAAUGGGCCUGUGUUCUUCUUACUGUGCCUCGCUUUGCAGGUUGUCAUGGAAGAUGCCGCCUUGGAGGGGCCUGUCCGUCACCAGGACCUCCCAGGAGAAUCUGUGGUCAAGGAGUUGUUCUGCUCUGUGCUGCGAGAGAUCCAGGAUGAGGUGAGGAGAGGGCAGGGAAGGCGGAGCGGCCAAUGGCUAGGCUGCCCUCCCCUCGUCUCUGAACCAGCUUUUGAGAGUGACUCUGAACCAACUUCCCCCUUUCCUUCCCAGGUGAACCUUCCACUGCCCACUCUCAGCAGCCCAAUGUUGCUUGGAAUAGCCCGGAACGAGACCAGCGCAGGCCGCUGCAGUGCUGAAUUCUACAUCAGGUAAUGUGCUGAAUCCUGAUCUGAAUAGUAGGCCUCCCUCUUCACUAUCAUCCCAGUACCAAGCUGUGGUUAGUUAUGAAGAGUGCAUUGAUUUUUUUUCCUGCUUAAGAAUGUUUUUGUUUUAUGCAUUAUAUCAAAAUGAUUCCAUGAGCUGAUGGGGCAACACUGUAGGAAACAACCCUAAAGAAAGAUCUUUGCCAAGCUCUGAAAGGAGAAUAAGGUAGUUGUGCCAGGCAAACCACCCUGGAGUUAGCUUCCUACAACUGGGGUGCCACCACUAAGAAGGCCCUCUCUCUGGUAUACAUCUGCCUCAUCUUUGAUGGUGGUGGCAUCCACAGAAGGCCCUCUGUAGAAGAUCACAAUGCAUGGGUACAUACGUAUGUAUGGAAACAGCUUGCCCUUCAAUAUUAGAAACUCUUCUAUUGAGCCCCACCCAAGAGAUGCUCAUCUGUUCUUUGUCCUGCAGCUCAGCUGCCCCAUCAGGGUACAGCCUCAGCUUCUCCCUCCUUUACCCCACAGUGUGGGCCCUGCCAUGGACACCUCUUUCUCCAGGCCCAAAGUCUCCCCAGUUUAGUCUUCAGCUCCUAGUGCCUACGCCCACCCUCAGCUUCACUGGUUGCUUUCUUCUCAACUUUGCUAUUCAUUAAUUAAUUCAGGUGCAGUCUCAGCUCUGAGCAGGUGAGGCACCAUUAUGCUAUCGGGGGCCCUGAGGCCCAAGAGUCAACCAGCAUCAUCUUUGUUGACAGAGAGGUAAGUGCUGGAGCUGGAGGCAAAAGUGUGUAGCUCAAGGGUGGGCAGCCUUAGACCUGGGUGUCAAAUACAGCCCUCCAGGCCUCUCUGUCUGGCCCUUAGGCUUCUUCCCAAGCCACACCCCCUCACCGGCCCUGCCUUACACACCCUCCUUGAGUAUUUUUUGCCUGGCUGCCCUUGAACUCUGAUUAUGCACAUAAUUCUUGGGACCCAAUUCCUAGUUUAUAUUGGUAAGACUGGACAGUCAGCCAUCUAAGCAUACAGGAACUUCCUAGUUUCCCCAUUGGCAAGUGCUAAGGCCCCUUUAAAGAAACAUCUGCCUCUUCUGGACUCAAUUUAAAGUUAAUUAGAAUACAUUAAUGAAGUUCAUCGUGUCAUCGUCCCCCUUUUUGCAUGCCAAGGCACUGUGACCCUGUCACCCCCAAUAUAGUAAAAUAACUAGACAGGACAAAGAGUAUAAGUGUCAACCCCAUUUUCUGCAUCUCUUUUAACAUAUGGCUGCCUUUUUCUCUGUGCAGGAUGUCCUGACAAUGGAGCAGAGUGGGGACUUUUGGAAGGAACUGUGCCCAUCAGCCAAAGGGGCCAUAGAGCUCUACAGAGGGGUCAUGGGCACAUGCCAAUGACGAGCCUAUUGGGAAGAGGUACUUCGAGGAAGUGAACUACUCUCUCAGGGACUAUUCAGAAUUACUUUACAGAUCACCCGGUUACCCCAAAAUCACCAGCAGUCCUUUGGCAAAGCAGGAAUAUUAUGCCAUGGAUACGGAUAGUGGGAUUAUUCUCACCUCCCAAACCUCCCUUGAAACUGCACUGGCUGAGACCCACCUUAGCGCCUUGUGAGCCCUGUCGCUGUGCCUGUUUGUGCAACCUGUUUCUUAAUAAAGAAGUAGUAGUAUUUUUUAA